GCAUUUAUUAAUUUUUAGAUCAAUCCCCGACAAGAAGUAAACCACGAUUUAAUUUAAACAGAGGAUAUUAUGUGCAAUUUUCGUUACGAUGUUUCAAUGGUUUUAUUGUAUGUGGUAGAUUACUCAAUGAGUGCUGCUGAACUGAAUGUCGAUGUAGUUUGGACACAUUCAUUCUGAGUUUCUCGAACUCAUUCACUAUUGAAUUGUAAUUUGAUUGUAGUCAUUUUUUAUAAUUUAAUUAAUUUUUUAUUUCUUCUACGUCUACUUCUGCUAAUACUAGUCAAGGGACUAGUCUAAUAUAUUUAUACUUAUAAUUAUAUAUACUAAUAAUUUAAUCAUCCUAUAAUAAUCCUUUUGGGCUUUUGAAAUACUAUUAUUAUUAAUAUUAAUAAUUAAUAGUGGGCUAAGUGGUAAUAAUAUAUAUUACUAUACUGCUUCAGCUCAGCAUCGGUUAUUCAAAAGUCAUGUUGAUACGGUUUGAAGUGUUAUUUAAAUGUUAAAAUUAAAUGGUAAUUCCUCUAUUGAUGUCCGUUUAUAGGACUGUGAAGAGAGACUGGGUGCUGUUUUCUCAUUAAAGUACCAGACCAACAUGCGAUCACUUUACAUGGUCAUGAGUGAUGAUCUAUUGAUUGAUUGAUUUAUUGGAUAUUUAUAUAGCGUUGGUAUCCAUGCUACUAUAGCAUGCUCACUGCGCUCUGGUUUUCUUAAAUCUAUUUAAACAAAAAAGUUUUUAAAUGUUUCUUAAAUUUAAAUGAUUUUUUUUUAUCAUUUUCAAUGCCCCUCAAAGAUUGAGGCAAACUGUUCCAUAAUUUUGGCGCUAUCGAUUCAAAAGAGCGCACUCCGUAAGACUUUUUUCGGUGUUCAUCCACACUGGGAAUUUUCAGUAAGGACUGUGUUGACGACCGCAGGUUCUUUAAGGAUACAUGCUUAUAAAUCACUUCUUUAAGAUAUUCCGGUGCAGAAUUUUCUAUGCAGCUGUACGCCAGGGACAGAAUUUUGUAGUUAAUGCGCUCACUCAAAGAAACCCAAUGGAGAUCUCGUAGAACUGGGUUGAUGGGUGGCUUAUGGCAAACAUAAAACAGACAAUGUAAGCUUGACAUUUCACACCGGGAUGAAUGAGUUUCUUUUAGUUAUUAUAAGUGAAUUGUUACUAGAGUUACAUAAAAAAAAAAAAUAAUAUUAAUACCCCAGUGGAAUAUUUUAAGUUAAUAUUCCAUUGGGUAGUUAAUUAUAAUAUUUAAAACAAGAUUUAAAAUGAUGCUAAAUUUUGUAGCACAGAUGUUUUAAUUGAGGGACGGGAGCGACCGCAGGUCGUUGAAACUUCUUGGAGAAUAUCUAGAGGGAUACAAUAAAUUUGCUACGUUCUCCAUGAAAUUAAUGGCUGAAAUUACGCCAGGAAAGGGGGCAACCAUUAAACUUAAACAUUUUGUUCCUGUUUUGGUUUCUUUCGGUAAGUAGUUGAAACAACACAUUCUCUCCCUUUCCCAUUUUAACAGCCAUGCUUUUUGCACUACUUUUAAAGAAAUUUUUUUUUUAAACACAGCAGCCAUCUUUGUUGCUACAACACAUCUGCUGUCAUGGAAACAAAGAUGGUGGAUUUGUGGGGAAAAAAUAGUGCUAAAACACGGUAGAAUGGGGGGAAAUGUCAAGUGCCCAAUUACCCAUAAACUAGUUUAAACUUGGGAAUCUACAAACACUCCAUUGUGAUCCAUCAACAAAAUUUUGUCAAUCCAAAUGAUGCUGGUGUUCACAGACAGAAUGUUGAAAAUAUGGAGAUGCGAGCAUAGCACAAACUGAAAAGACAGUUGACACAAGUGACAUUCUUUUCCCUUCCUAUUUUUUUUGGGGGGGGGGGGGGGAAGAACCAUGCAUAAGUUGAAACUCAAACUUUUUUUAUUUUCAUAUAUUAAAUUUUUUAUUUUUUUACACAAAAUGAAAAGACAGUUGACAAAAGUGACAUUCUUUUCCCUUCCUAUUUUUUUUUGGGGGGGGGGGGGAAGAACCAUGCAUAAGCUGAAACUCAAACUUUUUUUCAUUUCAUACAUUAAAUUUUUUACAUUUGUCUAGUUUAACAAAAUAUUUUAUUAUUUUAAUUUUCUAUUUUAAAAUUUUUUAUCUUGAAUUAUUUUUAUAUAGAUUGAAAUGAAUCCGUACAAAGCAGAACAACAGGAGUUUUGAAUAACCAGUGCUGAAGUGGUAGAUUACCUUAAUAGUAUAAGUUAUAACAAUUAGCUACCCUUCACAUGAACGUUUCUCCAAAACUAGAACAAUUAAAAUUUUACUUAAACUGAAAAAUCUUGUGUUUGUUGCACAUUUAAUUUUCUACUCUUUCAUUUAAGUUUGUCUUAUUGAAAGUUAUUGGUUACCAUAUAUAGGACUGUGGGCCUGGUGUUCUAUGUUACUGAUUAGAUUUCCAGGAGGGAAAUAAAUUCUUAAAAAAUGGAAGCCAGUAAGAUGGAGAACAGUGUGAGUAGCAGCUGCAGAGGCACUGACACAUUCAAGUAUUUUUCUUAUGGCAGCAAUUUAUUAAGAGAGAGAAUUUUAGUAAACAAUCCCUCUGCAAAAUUUUUUGGGAUAGGCAAGUUGACGGUAAGUAGAUAAGCCCUAAAAAAACACGUUUAAUUUUUAACAAUGUUCUAUUUAAAAAAUAAUAAAAAAGAAUCAUCCCAGUCAACCAGUUAAGCUAGUAUAUGCCAUUGCUAUAGGCCUACUCUAUAGAAUACGCCAGUAAAUAACCUCGCUGGACUAAUAACUAAUUAACUCAAAUUUUUAAAAAAUUCUUAAAAAACUACAAAAAUUAAUUUGCUGACUGUUUCUUUUAUUUGUUUAAUUUAAUGUUUGCACAGUAUAAAUUACUGUAUAAAUCGUAGAUCUACUUUAAAAAAAUUUUAGAUUACUUUUUACUUAAGCAGCUCAGGCUAUGUUCACCCCACAAUUCAGCAUAGGCCUAUGUUAGGAAGGAGGCAUUGUGCUCUACCCAUAGCUCAUUAUGUUUAGGGGGCUUCUCAUUCUACCCAACAACAGCCAAAGAAACUUGUUAAAUUAAAUCAGAUUAUAGUAUAAAUGAUAAAUUAAUGUACAUAUAAAAUCAAUUCCAUUAUUUUAUUUUUAAAAUUAGAAUAAAAAUUAUGGCCUAACCACAUCAACAUUAAUUAAAAUUAUAUAAAAUAAUAUUUAAGUUGCUUUGUCAUUAUCAUUAUUUUAACAAAAAAAAUAAUAAUUACAUACUUUUAAACAUCGACUUCAAAUUUCAUUGCUUUUGAAAAAAAUUUCCCUUUAAAGACACUAAAAUUAAAACUUAAUCAAAUUACCUUUCUUCUCUAAGAGAAUCACUAAAAUAAUACAUUUGCUUGUUUAAUUGAAAUUUAAUGCUUGGCAACUUUAUUUAAGAGCUACAGGUUGACAUUUGACACCCCUAAAGACCUGGAGGACAAUCCAUGGUUUGGAGCAGCUGCGACCAUAAGAGAAGGAAGUCCCACUGAUUACGUCUGGGGUGUUGUAUGGGAGCUUAAAAUGGAACAUCUGCGGACAUUAGAUGAGUAAGUUUAGUUUAAUUGUUGACCUUACCUAAUUUUCUUUAAAAAUAAUUACUUUUCUGUGUUACCCAAUGUCUUAAACUUAAAUUAGAGGUCGGCCCGACAUAAGCUAUGAACUAUGAUAAAUUAGAGGUCAGCCCGACCUAAGCUAUGAACUAUGAUCAAUUACAGAUCAGCCCGACCUAAGCUAUGAACUAUGAUCAAUUAGUGGUCAGCCCGACCUAAGCUAUGAACUAUGAUCACUCCAAGGACUUUUUUAAAAAUCCCAAGUGUCUCUGUGAGUCCAAGUAGAAUCAUAUUCAAUGUGUCAUUGUUGGACUAUUUUACAAUAUAGGUUUCUUAAUUAUUUGCUGGGAGCUGCUGCAAUAAUUUACCUAUUGAAAUUGGUGGUCAGAAAAAAAUCAUUACAAGAUUAAAAUUCUGGUUGAAUCUUAAACUAAGAGCUGUACAGAACUUUUUUAUUUAGCCAUAUACUAUUUUUUUCACUGGGUGAAAGGAAGGCUAUAUCAGAUAUCAAUAACUGGACCUUCAGGUCCACCAGGCCCACGCACAGCUGUAGUAAUGAACCUAGAAAGUUAACAGAAGUUAAGAAAUGCUUUAAAAAAAUAUUCAGUUUAUGUAUCAAAAUAUUUUUUCUUUUUGCAAUGCUUUGGCUUUUUUAAGUUGGCGAUAAUUUUAUAUUGGUUGCAAACAUCAGUGUACUUCAUUGCAAACAUCAGUGUACUUCAUUGCAAACAUCAGUGUACUUCAUUGCAAACAUCAGUGUACUUCAUUGCAAACAUCAGUGUACUUCAUUGCAAACAGUGUACUUCAUUGCAAACAUCAGUGUACUUCAUUGCAAACAUCAGUGUACUUCAUUGCAAACAUCAGUGUACUUCAUUGCAAACAUCAGUGUACUUCAUUGCAAACAUCAGUGUACUUCAUUGCAAACAUCAGUGCACUUCAUUGCAAACAUCAGUGUACUUCAUUGCAAACAUCAGUGCACUUCAUUGCAAACAUCAGUGUACUUCAUUGCAAACAUCAGUGUACUUCAUUGCAAACAUCAGUGUACUUCAUUGCAAACAUCAGUGUACUUCAUUGCAAACAUCAGUGUACUUCAUUGCAAACAUCAGUGCACUUCAUUGCAAACAUCAGUGUACUUCAUUGCAAACAUCAGUGCACUUCAUUGCAAACAUCAGUGUACUUCAUUGCAAACAUCAGUGUACUUCAUUGCAAACAUCAGUGUACUUCAUUGCAAACAUCAGUGUACUUCAUUGCAAACAUCAGUGUACUUCAUUGCAAACAUCAGUGUACUUCAUUGCAAACAUCAGUGUACUUCAUUGCAAACAUCAGUGUACUUCAUUGCAAACAUCAGUGCACUUCAUUGCAAACAUCAGUGUACUUCAUUGCAAACAUCAGUGCACUUCAUUGCAAACAUCAGUGUACUUCAUUGCAAACAUCAGUGUACUUCAUUGCAAACAUCAGUGUACUUCAUUGCAAACAUCAGUGUACUUCAUUGCAAACAUCAGUGUACUUCAUUGCAAACAUCAGUGUACUUCAUUGCAAACAUCAGUGUACUUCAUGAACACAGCAUGUCUAACUCACUACUCUUAAUUAAUAUGUAGAGUUUUUUUUGAAUAACUGGUUCUUAUUAUAAGUUUUCUUUUUAUGCAAAACAUUUCAUAUGCAUUCAAAGGUAAAUCAUUAGAAAUAGGCUUAAUGUCUUCAGGUAUAAAAUUUUUACUUUACAAAAUUCAUCUCAGCUGUUACCAUUAUUUCAAUUUUAUAUUUAUUACUCCAGGCAAGAAAUGGGCUACAAAGCGUAUCAGGUGAUAGUGGAGGUGGGUGAAGAAAAGAUUCCGUGCCGAACUUAUGAGAUGUACUUGGAACCCAAUGGAGACAAGCAUCCCAGUCCAUAUUACCUUAAAGUCAUGCUGGAUGGGGCCAAGCAAAAUAGAAUUCCAGAGGAUUACGUCAAAUUUCUUGAAUCUGUACCUCACAAUGGUAACCAGGAUCCUCCACCACGUUACCUUAAGAUCAUGGAAUUAAUAGAGAAAUUUCGGCAGGAACAUGAUGGUGGUUUAUAGACAAGUCAAGAUAGAAUAUUUCAUCACUAUAGGAAAAAUAUCAGAGACAGGUUCUUUUGAGUAUGCAAAUGAGUUAAAGAAAAUUGUUCAGAUUAGAUAAGGCAACUGAAAUUAAUAAGACAAGAGGUAUAAAACUUUGGUAACAAUUAGGUGUCUCAGACAUGAGGUAUACAACUUUGAUAACAAUUAGGUGACUCAUACAAGAGAUAUAAAACUUUGUGACAGAUGUUGUCCAAGUUGUUCCUUCACAAUGGAUCAUUUGUAGCUAUUUGAGUUGUUGGGUGUUUAUUGAAUGUUACAAACAGAAUAUGUUGUUAUUUGUUAACACUUUAUACUUUAAACAUAUCAAUUAAGGUAUUGCACUAUAUGUUACAAUUAUUUUUACUGUAUAUAACUGUGUUUAUUUAUUUAGCAAAAGUCUCCAUUGAGAUCUUUAAAGGUACCGUACUGAAAUAAAUUAUUGUGUGAAAUCUGUAUUUGAGGUUACACUUGCAAUCAUACUUUUUUUUUUAUUGCUCACAUUUUUCUUGGUAUACAUUUUAAUCUUCAGACACAUUACCAUUUUAACAAUGUUCUUUGAUAUGUCAUAGCAUUUUGUAAUUUACUUAACAUUCACUUGCAGGUACAUUUUAAAAUUUUUAUUUAUAAGAGCAGGAACAUUUGUUGACUGUAGUUUGAUAGUGUGUUGUUUAUUUCUAUGGCAGAACUAAUAAAAUCCUCCUCAAAAGAUUAUUCAGGGGACAUCAUAAUAUGGCUUCUGUAAAAAAAAAGAUUUUGGAAUGUGCAAACUCAUAUUGUUUAAUUAACGUUUCCAAUUCUGUUACUGUUAGUCAGGUAGGAUGUAAGGCAGGCCUGAGACUGAUACUGAUACUUAUACAUCUUAUUGCGAUUCUGGCGUUACAAAAGUAAACUCAACAAAAAGCUCCAUGGUGACCCAAGGAUUUCUGUUGUAUACCACUGAGUCCCUCUAUUGCUGUAGGUGCGCAAGUCUUGGACUCAGCAGACUGAAGAAAACAACCGCUGUCAUUUAUCAGAGCUUAUUAAAGACUUUAGAUUGCAGAAUAAGAUUUGAGAAAUUAACUUCUGUACACUAAGGACUUAGUCAAUUAAUUCCAGCAACAUAUUCAAUAAUGAAAAUAUAAAUUUAGACAAAUUAAAAUUGAUUGGUGAAAAUUUCCAAAUGGCUUUGAACAACAUUUAUUAGAAAAUGAAUGAAAUAAAAUUAUGUUUAAAAAAAUACAUGAAACUAAAAGAUAAUAUAAG